CUGUGUCUGACUUCAACGACAGCCGGUGCAAUUUGGCCGCAUGUGAGGCGCCGGUGGUUCGAUUCUGCUUGUUGAGACCACAUGUUCAUAUUUCCUGCCUGUUCCUGCUGUUCGUGCGCUCUCUCACUGUCAUUACUGAUCUUAUAAGAUUGAGCAUGGGUAUUACUACACCGUUGGUGGAGCGGACGACUGCUCUUGCCAACUACGCCGGUUCAUACGCAUGGCCACCCAUACUCUCGCUCUCACGUGGUGCCAUACUCGGUCUCCUCAAGCAGAUCCAGAUCGGUUCGCUAACAAUCACCGACGCGGAUGGAAGUCUCAUGAUCUGCGGAAGUCCAAGACGGGCAGAAGCAGAAGGCAGUGAGAAGUCGGUCUACGAGGUCCCGCACGCCGAGAUCAGAGUCCUAAACGAUCUAUUCUGGGUGCGGUUGCUGGUCUUCGCGGACAUGGGGUUUGCGGAGAGCUACAUGCUUGGGGAGAUCGCAUGCCCAGACCUGACCGCCUUUUUCAAGCUAUUCCUCUUCAACAGGGCGCAUCUGGCUAAAGGCACGACAUUGACCUCGAACAUCUCCGGCAAAAUUGCGGGCUUCAUCCGGAGCACCAACACUCUUGCCAACUCGCGACUCAACAUCUCCGCACACUAUGACAUCUCAAAUGAUAUGUUCGCAGCCUUCUUGUCACCCGACAUGACGUACUCUUGUCCCAUCUGGCUGCCCAAGUCCAACCCUGCGUCGUCUCAAGAGACGCUAGAGCAAGCACAAUACCGCAAGCUAUGUCGCUUCGUCAACAAUGCCAAGAUCAAGUCCACCGACCACGUGCUGGAAAUUGGCACAGGCUGGGGCAGCUUCGCCAUCCUCGCGGUGGAAAAGACGGGUUGCAGAGUGACCAGUCUGACUUUAAGCGCGGAGCAGAAACGGCUGGCAGAAGAGCGGAUACGGCAGGCAGGGUUCCAGGACAAAAUCAGGGUGAUGCUGUGUGAUUACCGCAGCCUGCCGAUACCGAGCGAGCAUGACAAGUAUGACAAGAUCAUAUCCAUCGAGAUGCUGGAGGCUGUAGGCGCCGAGUACCUGGAAACCUACUUUCGAUGUGUCGACCAGCUGCUGAAAAGCGACGGCGGCAUUGCAGUCUUCCAGUGCAUCACCAUGCCUGAAAGCCGCUACGAUGCCUACAGCAACUCCGACGAUUUCAUCAGGCGGUACAUCUUUCCUGGCGGCCAUCUACCUACUGUGACGCAACUUCUCGAUGCGAUCAAAGCCGGCUCGUCGAGCAAGAACAGCCCGCCUCGUCUCGUCCCGGAUAGCGUCGAGAAUAUCGGUCCGCAUUACGCGAAGACUCUUCGUCUAUGGCGGCAGAGUUUCAUGCAGAAUUUCACCCUCAAGAUCAAGCCCGCGCUCAUCAGCGAGCACGUGGAGAAGGGGACGAGGAUGACGGAGGAGGAUGUUGAGCUGUUCAAGCGGAAGUGGGAGUACUACUUCUCUUACUGUGAAGCUGGGUUUGCGGCGAAGAGUUUGGGGGACGUGAUUAUUACGGUGGGGAGGGAGGGGGCGGUGCAGAUGAUGGAGGAUGUUCCUCUCUAACAUGUCGGAGGAUGGCGUGAUUGGACGACCGUUUUUGCUGCGAUUAGCGGUUGGCGUUGGCGGUAUCCAUCUUUUUCUUGUCUACGAUACCCUUCGAGCGAGAAGCAGUUUGGCGGAUGGGCUUUUGUACAUACUGUCCACGAUGAGCUCAAAAGCGGGCAAUUUGGCUUGGGAUUUUUACAUAGCUAGCUCCACUCACGGUACGUUGAAGAAGAGCCGCUCAAGGCUCUGUUAUGGACACACUACAACAAUUGUCGAGCUCACCUUAAGAGUUAACCAAGCUGCUUCCGUCCCGAAAUCGCUGCUGUGGUACUUCGUUGGGGUUCUUCGUAAGGCAUUCGAACAGCGUGGCAGA